UUCGCUUACCUGAGUCGACACCUGUCCCAGGCCUAUCACAACUCACCUGAACUACACCGCUCACCUUUAGGUGUACCGCACCGAUGAGCUGUUGUUUGUAGUCUAACUGUCGUGACUGAACAGAAGGCUACCUGUCAUCCUGACUGGCGAAAUACGACUGAUUAGGGCUUCGAAAAUGUCAGAUUAUCUUCUCAGUAGCUCGUAGAGAUGCGACACGAGUGAAGUGGAGAAACUAUCUUAAUUACUGAGAAAGUUGACGACACUUUCACACUGUGCUCUCAGAGCGUGCGUGUAUAUUUAGUUAUAUUUCCUCGCUCUGUCAGAUCAGAUCAGUUUAGUUCGGUUCAAACAGCCAGACUUGGAGGCUGUGGAAUUGUUUGGAGUUGUAAGGAGAUUGGAAAUUUUACGAAAAAGGACUUUUAAUGAUGGAAACAGCUUGUGAACGUGUAGUUGCUUGUUAAUCGAAGAGUCGUAGGCCUGAACUCGACUCCUUGGCGCUGAGAGAGGGGCCGUGAUCUUCGGGACAGGCGAAUCCGCCCCCAGUGAAACUAUAAAUUACGCUCCAUGGAGAAUUUUAUGAGCGUGCGUCUGUGGUUAGGGGUAAAGCAAUACCACCCUAGCCAUUAAUCUAUGUCUGCUUCCAUCUCUAUUCUCUCUCCCUUUCUCCCUCUCUCCUUGCCGGAGUGUGGAACAGGACAGGUCGACUUAGACGGCCACAGGACAGCGACCUGGCGGAAUAUUUUCACGUGACAAGUCGUGAAUUGUUACAACUACCGGCGUCCGUUGUUACCCGUACAUCAGACGUUUUGGGGUCCGCCGUUCAGGGAAGAGAGUUCGGGGCCUGACCCCCUCGUUUUGAUCAUCUCUGGGGGCAGGAGAGGGUCCCUGACCCGCCCCGAGUCCCAUACAGCGACAUGAACCUCCCCACCCAGACCUUUCUCCGACUGCUAGUCAUUCUGCUACUCUGGGCGGACCGACGAUGUUCGGCAUUGAAGUGGUUAGCAUUGUACAAGAACAAACAGCGACAUUGGAAUUCAACGCAGCAUUGUGUGAAAUCAAGACAAUAUGGACUGGUCUCGAACCAAAUCAAAAUAUGCAAGCAGCAUUUAGACCUCAUGCCCACAGUGCGAUUGUCCACCAAGAUGGCGGUGGAGACAUGUCAGACACAGUUCUCAGACCGACGGUGGAACUGUUCCUCCGCCGGAUUGGCCCCCAAGCUGUCACGUGACCUUACGACAGGUACGCGGGAACAAGCGUAUGUGUACGCAGUGUCGUCUGCUUCUCUCGUGCACGCCGUUGCGCGCGCAUGCAGUAUUGGAGUGACGACAAAGUGUAGCUGCGGUGCGUUACCAAACAGCCCGCCAGAUGGAGACUUCAAAUGGGGAGGUUGUGGAGAUGACGUGCAAUUCGGCCUUUUAUUCAGCGAUAUAUUUACAGAGGCACCGAUGACCAAAAAGGGCAAACGGAAAACAGGCAAAAAGGCUGCCAUCAACAGACACAAUAAUAACGCAGGCCGACGGGUCGUCGCCAACAGCCUGACAACGGCCUGCAAGUGUCAUGGCGUCUCCGGGUCCUGUUCCAUAAAGACCUGCUGGAGAGCUCUUCCGGAUUUCGACAAAAUCGGCGCCACUCUGAAAAAACAGUACGCCGUGGCGGUGGAAGUGGCUUAUCGUCGGGUUAACAAAGUCAAGCAGUUCAUACCGCUGAAUCCGCAGAUCAGGAACAUCCGCGGCGACGAACUACUUUACUACACGAAAUCACCCGAUUACUGCAACCCAGACAAGAAGACAGGCUCAGUGGGUACAACCGGCAGAUUCUGUGACAUAGAGAGCAAAGGUUCAGGCGGCUGUCUGUCAAUGUGCUGUGGGCGGGGCUACACCAGUUUCACCAUGGAGAUCAUAGAACGUUGUGAAUGCAAGUACUAUUGGUGUUGUUACGUUAAAUGUAAGGAGUGUCCGAAAACGUUACAUCUCAACCAGUGCAGAUAGAAACUGAUUGACAGCAAAAUCAGCGUAUCAGGAGAGAGAGUGCUGAGAUAGUACCACCUGACCGUCGAGCCUCGGUUUGGAAACGCCGGCCAUGCAAUUAUAUUGGAACGUUUUGUAUGCGAGGGUGUCACGUGAUAAAACGCAUCCUUGACUACGCGUCACAGCAUGGUGUAGAAAAAGAGGAAGAGUGCGCGAGAUUGAUGACGUAGUUCAUACUCUUAUGUGAUACUGUGGAGGAUGUGGGGGUAUUGUAUAAAUUAGGCAAAUGACUGUGACGUCAUAGCCCCGAAUUAUUUAAGCAAUAAUUUGUAAAACAUCUUUAUUUUCUUCUUCUGGAAACAUGAAUUGGAAAUUGUUCGGGUGACCUUCCAGUACGUCGAAAACUAUAUAUCAUAUGCAGCAAAAUGUGCCUACAGAAAGACACAAAGAGCAGACACGUUGUAUGGGGGUGCCAUCUUGGACGCGGACUAGUUUAUUGUCCUCAACGUGAGGACUACUUCAGAGAAAACCCCUUCCAAUUUGGAAAAAAGUGAAACUUUAAGACUAAUGCUACAAAGAUGGAGGGAGCUUCCUGGAAUUGGUGGAAGAAGUUGGCAAUUGUUUUACCGCUCAUCUGACUCAGCCAGGAUAAUCUAACACUGAACUGCAUGUAAAGCAAUGGCGUCGCACCGUGUGGAUUAGUAGUCUGUCACAGCAUUGCUUGUUCCCGGCGGAAGAGGGCUAGAAACCUCCAUCUACAGGAUGAGUUCUGAUUGAUCGAUUUAGCAUGAGAAUUGAACGUGCUGUAGCGAUCAAAGGUUUAUUUACAGUGCGUUUAGCAAAACUACGGUCUCAGCACGUCGGGUUUUUGUCGCGUCCGAAUUUGCCUAAUUCUGAACGUGAAGCUUAGUGUGGAUUCUACUGGAGGUUCCUUCAGCGACCAUCGAUUUGAUACCGAUGUACAGAGCAUCGAAACUGGUUCCGGCCAAGUGCCUGUACUCUAGGAAUAACUCUGGUCAUUGGAGUUUUCCUUCUCUAAUCAUAUGGCCAUGACAAAUCACAACUGACCUCUUUCUCAACUGGACACUGAUCACAGCUGAUUUUGCUCACGAACUGAGUCAUAUCACUGUAUAUACUUAAGCCCACCGGUUUGCAUCUCCGUGAAGAUACCUGUUUGUACCUUCAGAGAGAAUCUGUCGAAAUGUCCUACUUCUCUUAGAAUAACACAUUUACUGCUUUGAACGAUGUACAUUUUAUGGUGUCUUUCUUGUUAAUUUUUUUUUUACAUUUAAUUAUUAUCAUUUUGAAAAGAAAGGAGGAUAUUUUGUGCAAAUAUUUUUAGUGUUCAUCCCUCGAUGGAUAAGCCAUAAACUAUAGCAUGAUAUCAACAUACACAUGCUGAAUACAUUAAGGGAAAAGCCAGUGCAUUUAUUUCUUUCAACAUGGCGAACUGGCACCUGGGAUUUGCCAAUGGAUAUAGCAAUAUUCUGAAACAAACAUAUUACGUGGCAGCAAUUCCGGACAAAUGGACUUCUGGACUCAAGGGAAAAGUGUUUAAGAAGAACCCUCUUCUUAAGUCAAUGGACUGUAUUUAUCGUUGCAUUUAUGAGACAUUCAUGGCAAAAAAAUGGCCUGCAAAAAUACGAUGAGAAAAGAAAAGCGAAACUAUGCAUCACAGCACAUAUUUAUACUGGAACAAUGCUGUGUCUGUUAAUUUCGUGUGGUCUUACAUGUCUGCGUAUUGACAACCUCCCAGCCAAUUGUGUACAUAUAAUGUAUAGAAUACUCUGUCAGAGUGUAUUUAUGUUACAAAUCCUUAAGCCUUAGACUAAACUCUCAUAGAAACCCCUGCGUCAUGACAAACCUUUCACUGUAUUAGCGCAGCUCAGCUCUCUCCGCUGUGAAGUAUAUGUAUACGCAUUUGGCUUCGUUAAACCUUUGGAAUAUUUCCAUUGUGUGAGAAAUGGAAAAUAUUUCCAGUGUGUGAAUAGUGGAACAUUUCCAGUGUGUGAUCAACAUAAAAAUCCAGCAUAACCUUGCUUGGGCUUUGUCAUUUUGCUUUAUUUGAUAACAGAAUUUGUUUUUUUUUUUUCAGCUAUAUUGAUUGUGACGAAAUUUCUGGUUAUUUGAUUUUUAAAUGAGUGUUUUCUGGGUAUUAGCGUAGUUUACGAACAUUCACUGCCAUUUUGAGCGGUGUUGAAGAUACAUGUAAGAUUUGUGUCAACGGCUCUUGGUGCAAAACUAGUUGAAAAACAGAAGCAGUAUGAAGUUACACUACAAUAUAAUUAUUUCUCACAAUGUUUGGUAUUUAGUUAAUUAAAUCUAUAUUCGAAAUCGUCGAAGUUAUAGCCUUUAGAUUUACAGCCUUUCUUGAUGGUUAAGUGAGGAAUCGGUUUACCAUCAUGAGGCAAUCUUACAAUGUCACAUUUUCUUAAUUGGAAACAAUUCUACUUCUUUCUACUACGAUUUCUGUCAAUCGUAAUGAGAUUAGAAUAAAAUGACCAGGAAUUCUGGGUUUGUUCAACACUUGUUCAUCAACAGUUCCCACGCUUUGAUGAUCGCCCCCUUACUGAUGUCUGUUCUCUUUUUCCAAUUUGUUGAUAUAUGCAUAUAAUGAUGAAAUCUUGGAGCUUUUCUGUCUUAUUGGAAAUAGAUGUAAAAUAUAGGAGAAGUAAAGCUUUUG